CUGCGAGCGUCACACGGAAGGCCGCCACCCGGUGGCCCCCACUGUGGGAACGCUAUAAAUCCACAGGUCGCGCAGGAGUCCCUCAAGUCGCUUGUGUUCUGGUCCGGUCGCCGAUCCGAUCCAAAGGAAUUAACGCACGACUUCUUUCUCCGUUCUUUGGCGACCACGAUGAACUUUCUGCUCACUUUUGUGCUUUGUGGAUUGUACGCGCUCACUGCCAAAGGUGCGGACGGGGAGGCCGGAGGCAAGUACCGCGUGCCCGUGCUGGAGGGGACGCACGGCCAGCUGGUCCUGGAGCCCAACCGGACCCUGGAGCUCAGAUGCAGGGGUCGCUGGGAGCUGUCGUGGUCUUUCCCGCGCAGCGUCUCCAAAGACGGGCUCCGCGUGGAGGACUCUCGCUGCGGCAAGUCGCGGCGGCUGCACUGCAGUCGCGCGACGCUGCUGGAGGGCACCCGGCCGAGCCACACGGGCUCCUUCCUGUGCCGCUACCGCCACCGGGCGCAGCGGCAGGCGUCGGUUUACGUGUACGUGGCAGACAGUCGGCAGCCGUUUGUCGACGAUCCAGCGAUGAGCCCCGACGUGUUGUACUUGAAGGAGAAGAAGCCGCUGGUCAUCCCCUGCCGGGUCACCCACCCCAACGUCACCAGCACCCUUGUCAAGUUCCCCGACCACAGCCUGAGUCCCGACCAGAAGAACAUCAUGUGGAGCAGCCGGCGGGGCUUCACCAUCCGCACGCCCACCUUCUACUACAUCGGCCUCUUCUUCUGCCAGACGUUGGUCGACGGCGUCGCGCACAAGUCGCGCAUUUACAUCGUCCACAGGCCAGUGAAUAGCAUCUUGGACGUGUAUCUGAACAGCAGCGGUCCCGUGCAGGCCCUGAGGGGGGAGCGGCUGGUGCUCAACUGCACCGCCACCGGAGAACUGAACACCAGGGUCAACUUCUCGUGGGACUACCCGGGAAAGACGAGCAACAGCGGCUCCACGUCCAAGCGGCUGCUGAAGCACCGGACCCACAUGCUGUUCUACAGCGUCCUGACCAUCCCCGAGCUGCGGCGCUCCGACCGCGGCCUCUACACCUGCCGAGUCAGCAGCGGGAACAAAACCAAACACCAGAAGGUCACCGUUACCGUCUACGAUCGGCCAUUCAUCCGACUGAAGCCCAGACGAGGGUCCCUAAUGGAGGCUCAAGUGGGGCAGAAAUCGUAUCGGAUUUCGCCCAAGCUCCGAGCGUUCCCGGCGCCCGAAGUCAUCUGGUUGAAGGACGGCACGGUGGCGGCGGAGCAGUGCUCCCGGUACCGCAUGGACGGCCAUUCGCUGGUCAUACGCGACGUGGCCGAGGAGGACGCGGGGGAAUACACCGUGCGAGUACGCAUCCAGGAGCACGGACUCUACCAGAACCUCACGCUAAUACUCGUGGUUAACGUGAGUCCCCAGAUAGGCGAGAAGGCGGUUUCGUCGUGGCAGGACGCGGGCGCCGUGCCCCGGGGGAGCCGACAAUCUCUGCACUGUACGUCCCACGCCGUGCCCCCGCCGCACGUCCACUGGCUGUGGCACCCCUGCCCGUCCAAAGGCCUGUGUGCCGCUCCGACAUCCUGGUCGGCGUGGACCCCCGUGAGCGAGGGGCUCCCCGCCGCGUCCGCACACAACCCCAUCUUGAGUGUGACCCGCAGAGAGGAAGUGCUUCAGGGCAAGCCCAAGACUGUGGCCGUUGUGACCGUGGCCCGGGCUCUGGUGUCCGGCGUGUUUCGUUGCGUGGCCUCCAACUCUGUGGGGACGGACCACCUGGACAUCCGUUUCUACGUCACAGACGUUCCCGGCGGCUUCGCCGUGAGCCAGGACGAUGAACCGAGAGAAGGCGGGAACCUGCGCCUCACCUGCAGCGCCAACAAGCAUCUGUACUCGGCCCUGUCGUGGCGCCGCCUGCACCCCGCCGGGGGCGGGGGCGCCGCCCUGCGGGGGUACCCCUCCACGGGGGAGUUCUCGCGUUCCCUGCGGCUGUCGCUGAGCAACUUGAGCGCCCGGGACUCGGGCUCGUACCUGUGCGCCGCCCAUCACCGCGUCACCGGGCGCGUGGCCCACCUGGUGGCGCAGGUGAGGGUCUCAGCGUUGGCGCCUCCAGUGCUGCUCAACAAUUUGACAGAUUGUACGGUGAACGUUAGCAGCUCGGUGACCCUGCGCUGUCCCACCGAGGGCGUCCCGCCGCCGACCGUCACGUGGUACAAGAACCGACAUGCUCUGUCGGAAGGAUCCGGUGUUGCCCUGUCGCCGAAGGAGGGCUCCCUCCAUAUCGACCGCAUCACCGUGGAGGACCAGGGCUUGUACACGUGCCAGGCCACCAACCAGAGGGGGUCCGCCGAGAGCUCCGCGUACAUUUGGGUCAAGGUCGCUUUUGAAUCAGACGCGUCGGAAAUCCCGUCCAUGGAGAUUCCGACUCUGGCGUGCACGUGCAUGGUGGCGACCUUCCUCUGGCUUCUCCUGACGCUGCUCAUCCGAAAAUUACGGCAGCCCGACGGUUCCCGGGGCAAAGCCGAGUACCUGUCGAUCAUCCUGGACUCCGGAGACGGCCCCGUCGAGGAGCAGUGCGAGCGGCUCCAGUACGAUCCCCGCCGGUGGGAGUUCCCGAGGGAGCGUCUCAAAUUAGGCAAGAAUUUAGGCCGCGGAGCAUUCGGGAAGGUGGUCCAGGCGUCGGCGUUUGGGAUCGACAGCGCGUCAAGAUGCAGGACGGUGGCUGUUAAGAUGCUGAAAGAGGGCGCCACAGUCAGCGAACACAAAGCCCUAAUGACCGAACUGAAGAUCCUCAACUACAUCGGACACCACCUCAACGUCGUCAACCUACUCGGGGCUUGCACCGAGCCGGGAGGGCCUCUCAUGGUCAUCGUGGAGUACUGUCGCCAUGGAAACCUUUCCAUCUUCCUGAAGAGCAAACGCGAGGUGUUUGGGGUGGCCCAAAGAAAAUCAGGAGAGACGACUUUUGUCUGUCAGACAGUGAUGUAUGAUGUCACCAAGUCAGGAGGUGACGUAUCAGAUUCAAGCGCUCCGUUGUUCCUGGAGGAUCUGGUCUCCUUCAGCUUCCAGGUGGCGCGAGGGAUGGACUUCCUGGCGUCCCGCAAGUGCAUCCACCGAGACCUUGCGGCCCGUAACGUUUUGCUGUCCGACAACAAAGUGGUGAAGAUCUGCGACUUUGGCCUGGCCCGAGACAUCUACAAGGACCCCGACUACGUGCGAAAGGGAGACGCUCGCCUCCCUCUCAAGUGGAUGUCCCCGGAGUCCAUCUUCGACAAGGUGUUCACCACUCACAGCGACGUUUGGGCCUUCGGCGUCCUGCUGUGGGAGAUUUUCUCCUUGGGGGCGGCGCCGUAUCCCGGCAUCCACGUCGACGAGGAGUUCUGCCGCAGACUGAAGGCCGGAACCAGGAUGAGACCGCCGGAGUACGGCACGCCCGAGAUUUACCGGACCAUGCUGGCCUGCUGGGAGGCCGAGCCCACCGGGAGACCCUCCUUCUCCGACCUGGUGGACAUCCUGGGAGACCUGCUUCAGUCCACGGUGCGGCAGGACGGGAAGGAUUACAUCCCUCUGGGAUCCCGCCUGGAGACCUUCCGAGAGAAGCCUCUGGCGCUCACUAACUUGAGUUACAUGCACGCCACGCUGGACACGUUUGAGGAGAUGCCCUGUGAGGACGAGCGUCACGGCACCGAGGAAGGUGACAGCGGCAUGGUGCUACCGUCGGAGGAGCUGGAACCCCUGCGUCUCCACGGCAACGGGUCAGGCAUCUUCCCAUCCCGGCGGGAUUCAAACCGCGGCGGCUCUCCUCCUCUCGCGACCGCAACUCAGUCCCCCUGUUACUGACGCAUUUCAUGACAGUUGCAACCCGGAGCGGUUUUGGUACUGAAAGGGAGGAAGUGCGGCGACCUUUCGAGACGCUGGAUGUCACAAACCGAGAAGUUCUCAUGACAAUUUGAACACUUGAAAAUGGUCAAAAUUGUUUUUGCGCGCUGUUCAAUAUUUUUAUUCAAACGCCGACAAAUUCCCUCCCGGAAAACAGAGAAAAGGUUGCGGGUGUUGAUUUUAGGAUUCAACAGGUUGCUUUUCAAAUUUCGUUUAAAAAUAUGGCAAAUCCAGCGCACGCAAAGUUGUACAGGGAUGAGAAUGACAAAUUUGGAAAAACACUGAAAAUGUCUGCGUGGGGGGGGGGGGGGUGUGGAAAUUUUGGGGAAAACACUCAAAUGGUGACCUCUGGUUACUUCUAACAGUGGAAAUACAAAACAAUCGGAAUAUUUUGACUACUUGUAAAAAAAUAAAAGUCCAAACAAACUUCAGACAUAAGAAUGUACACACACACACACACAUAUAUAUACACACAUACGUACACGUACAUAUACACACACAGAUAUACACUUUGAUAACAUUUGCGUACGCAUGUCUCUUAAGUUCAGUAAACGGAAGGCUUCUCUACGAAAUGUUCACAUCAGAGUGAAAAUGCCGACGAAAUCCCGCCAAAAUGGGCACGUUGUCGUUAUUAAAAACACCAAAUUUUAUGUUUUCCGCUAUCACAGCUCAGACUAAUUUCACGACGAGCGUCCGGAUGGCAGCCUCGCCUCGCCCCGCCCCCAAAUUUUCUCAACGUAUUUCCACGUUUCACAACAAUGACAAAAGUCAUCCCCGCUACUAAUCACUGAAAAGGGCACACGACUUCAUCCCUCAUCGUUAGUACUAAUACUCUCUUUUUAAGCGAUAGUUAUUAGUUUUGAAUGUAACAUGAUGUGUAUUUCAUUUUUAAAAACACUGCCCGUUCCUAAUCCACUUCUACCCCUUUUAGUUUUUUUUUUUUCCCCCCUAAACAGAUGAAGCGGCAUUACUUUCGGUAUUCUUUAUUAAAAUACUGCUGUACACACAAAUAUUGCAAAGUUUGAGACAUUGGAUUAAAGGGGGGGGGGGGGCAAAACAUACAAAGGUGGUGUUUGUGGAGUGUGUGUGUGUGUCUGUCUAAGUGGGCCGCAGGGGGGGGGGGGGGUGAAGCACCACAUUCACCAAAUGUGUCUUUAAUACGUGACCUAACGCAUUCCGCACCCCCACCCACCAAGUGACCGACUUCUUCCUUUCGGGUUCUGAUCCAUGAGCUAUUUAUUUUUUUUUUUUUUGGGGGGGGGGGGGUUAAAAGAGCAGUGUCGGGAAUUGUGUCUUUUGAAAUACCGCAAAGGGCGCCGUGAACAAUCCUGACCAGCGACGGCCAAUCACAUUCAAUCAUCGGGGUGGGGGGGGGCGCCACCGUUCUUUUCCUUCGUCAUCCUCCGUCCGGUUGCCGGCGUUGGUCCACAGAUAAGAAAAUUAGCCCUCCUGCUUCGGCAAAAACACACACACACACACACAAAAAAAAAUAAUAAUUUUUUUUUGUAAGAAAGAAGAGCGGGCGACAUUCCGUAGAGGCAGCUGCCUGACACAAACGAGGGCCCACCUGUCCGCACCUCAACCCAGUGGUUUGUCCUUUCCUUUUUUUUUUUUUGGGGUUGCAGAGGUGCCCCGUUUAAAAAGCCUCGAUUGGGGAAAAAAAAAGCUGGAUUUCAUCUCAUAAUUCCAUCUUCCGCGUGACGCUCCGUACCACCCUGUAGGCCACGAAAUUCACAUAAAAAAAUAACCCCAGCAAAAAAAUUAAAAACUUAGUGCAGCCUCCUCUGAAAAAAAAAGACCCCCCCGGUCCCCCCAACACACUGCGGUAGACAAAUGAUAAAAAGCAAGAGCCGGGUGGUUUGCGUCGAUUUGUUCGAGCAAAAAUUUAAAAAGGGGGGGGGGGGAUAUUCACGAUUCGCCAUUCCGAGCGUCUUGUCACUUCCAUCUUGCGGAUUUUUUUUUGUUUUUUUU